AUGGCUUUCACUCUCUUCAAGGCUCUUCUGGUACUUGCCACAGCUGCUUCUUUUGCAUCUGCCAGCGUGAUUCCACCUAAUGUCGACCCGGACUUCUGGAAAGCUGAAAUGGCUAGCUCAGCAUCCUAUGACCCUACCCUCGGGAAAUCUAAGAUCAUCAAUGGAAGCGAGAUCGAUAUCGGUUCCAACGACAACCUAGAGUUCUUGGACACUACCGGUGAAACUGGCCAACGCACCAAAAAGCGCGAUAUCUUCGACCCCGUGCUCACCUUCGGCUCAUGCUUUGACUGGCCCGGUGGCAGUCCCGGUAGCAAGUUGAACCCCUACCUGAACAACUUUCUCAACUGUGUUCAAGAUCUCAAGAACAAGGAUAAGGGUGAUUGGACAAACCUUGGCCCUAAAGGCGAAUGA